AUGGGCCGGGAGCAGUGCACCGAGAUGCUGGUUUCGUGCAAGGACCUAAUUUGGGUAUGUUGCGUGAGGCCCGGCCUCGCGCAUCUCCGCCGAGUUUCGUGGCUGCACGAAAUCAGGAAAUCCAUUAACAUCGAGUUAUAUCUUUUUUACCGGAAACCAAGAUCCGCAAUGCAUAGACCUAAGUACCCGCCGGACGCCAAGCUGGACUCGGACGCGUUGGUCGCGGACGCGUUUCGCGCGAGCAAGCCGCUGGCCGUACAGAAGCGGCUCGACAAGACAGCCAUCAGCGAGUACCUGCGAGACGUCCCCGCUCCAGAAAAAGCAGCACGCGUUAGAGAGGCGAUCAUCCGGGUGCUGGAAAGCACCCCGGAAGUCGCCGCCUUUUGGGUAUUUCUCUCUAAUUCAGGCAUGAGUGCAGAUGCCUACUGGGCCUCGACCCCAGCCGCAUCGAUGCGUGCCUUUGAGCCGUUCGCCUAUUGGCGUUUCUCGCCUGCCAGUGGAAACGAGGCGAUGGGCCACAACGCGUCCUCGCGGGCUACAGGCGUCGGACGGCUGCGCGAUGGGUUCCGACGACAUGUAUGUCGACUCGAGUGCGCCCACGCCAGCCCAAAGUCGCCGGAGCGCCUCGUAUCGGGUGCCAGCGCGCCGCGCGAGACCUGCGAUGUCGAAGUUCAAGAUUGUCACAGCCAGUUGCGCAUGUGCAUGCAACGCAUCGCCGAUGUCGAAGUGAUCAAUAUCGAUCUGGAGGCUCGUUUAGAGGCACAAGCUCGGGAGUACAUCGAGCUUGAAUCUGAUGCGGCAGAGUCACUGGCAAGUUGGAAGUCUCAAUACGAGGCGGUUGUAGAGGAGGCUGAAAAUUGGAGGCGCGAGGAGCGAGACCGGAUGCGCGCUGAACAGUCCAUGGGAGGAGGGCGCAUGCAGACCUUGACGCUACCAGCCUUACCAAGAACUAGUGACAGUGAACUUGCCAGCAUGAACUCCACUGAUCAUUUCCCGCGAAAGCGAGAUGAUUACAAGAAUGGCUACGACAACCACAAUCCACUCGGGGCGCCGCCCCAGGAUGUCCAGGAAGACUCUCCGUCUAUUACAGUGCGGGACGCAACUAUAACAGUGUUAGAAAUCCACGACGAAGGUCCCCUCUUCAACACCAUACAAAAAAACCCGUCGCAAACGGCCGCUACCGACUCGCUCGGCGACGCCUUUGCGGCCCGGGUGCAUGAAAAGGUGAUCUGCGCUUCAUUGGCGCAAGUCACCACUGAUCAGGGUCGGCGAGGAAUAAUGGGAGAUGCAGCAGAUGCUGGCGAAAGAAAUGAUGCUGGGGAUGAUCGUACUGGGUUGACGUCUGAAGACAUCGUUUUCGAUGACGAAGACGACGAGGAUGACGAAGACAGCGAACAUGAUGCGUUGGGGACUAAACGCGGGGCAUCCUCGACGAUGGUCAAGCCGAAGAAGCGUGCGAAGAUGGGAAUUUCUCGUUACAUUGAUGAUAUGGCUGAAGAAGACGACGAGGAGGAGGAUGAUGAGAAGAUGGCAGCAGCACGGCUCAAGUUGGAGGAGGAAGAUCGCGAAAUGAGAUCGGAGAUGGAACGUCAGGAUCGUCGUCGAAAUCAGGAAAAUUUGUUUGAAGGUGAGGAUGCAGAUGUUGCGGGUGUCGUGAAAUCUCUGCACGAUCGUUACCAACGCACGACGCAGUUAGCUCAUGACCUAGAUGACCUCGAUGAAGGAAUUCCACCUACUGAAGGCAGCAGCGCCAACCUUGCUGCAUCGAGGCAUGCAGCAGCGCGACAAGCAAAUGCACCAUCGCUCACCGACCCACGGCUAUGGGUUGUCCCCUGCAAGACAGGCUGUAUCUGCGGUGCCAUGGCAACAGGAUUGCGUGGUUUUAUAUAUGUGGAGUCGCGGUCUGAACCCGCAGCACGUGCAGCCGUCAAGGGGUUAAGGCUAUUGCGCGGGUGGUCAAUGAAGAUGGUCCCCAUGGGUGACAUGGUUGCUGUCGUUUCCACUGAUCUUGAUACAUCUGGUGGCAGCUCAAAGCGGAGGUACAACAAGGUCGGCGACUGGGCACGCGUGUCUCGAGACAAGUACCGUGGGGAUCUGUGUCGCAUCGUCGCCCUGGGAGACGGUGGAUCAUCUGCAGUGAUUAUGCUUAUUCCACGUGUGGAUAUCUCGAAUCGGGCAAAUGUCUCGACUGCGAUUGGACGAAAGCUUGAAAUCCUCACAUCGCGUGGUGAGCUACGGGUCGUACGGCCUGCAGAGAUUGCAAGAAAGUUAAAUCAGGAGAGCGCCCGAAAUGUGUCCCUAGACUCGAAGGACGAGCAUGUUCGAGAGACUGAUCAUGUUAUCCUAGAUGAUGGUAGUGACGUUGGGAAUAUAGCAACAGUGGUUCGUGCUCAUCGUGCGUCCUUGUGGCUGCUUAAAACAGCCUCUGGAGCCGCAUCCGCGCCUCGCGGUGGUCUUAUUGUACGCAAGGCUCGCGAGGUCCAUGUUGCUGGCAAUCGUACUUCCGGCAACGCGCUCGCGGACACCUACAUGGGCCUUGGUAAACAACGUAUCGUCAAUGAGGACCAAUUUAAUGACAAGGGUGACAGUGGUAGAGGGCGUGGCCGUGGAGCCCCAGGAAUGCGCGACCCAUUCCUUGGCCGUACCGUUCGUAUCUGCAAAGGGAACUACAAGGGUCUCGCUGGCAUUGUCACGACUGCUACCUCAAGCCAUGUCACAGUCGAGCUUCACACGCGCAAUCGUUCUGUCACUCAGCUUCGUGAAUGUGUGAAGUUGGUCACAGGAGCAGCAGGCGGAGAGCCAGAACUCGCUGUGCAGCGCCGCGUUGCUGAACAGGAGGCUUACAACGCAGAUCUUGUAUCGACGCCAUUCCUCACGCAAGCCACACCCCUGCUCGGUGGUGCCACUCCACAGUAUGGUGCUGCCACUCCCCGCCACACCACACCCUCCCGCGGCAAUGCCACCCCAACAUGGGGAGGGGCCACACCCGCUCAUGGAGCUCAAACUCCUCAUUACGGAUCACAGACACCAGGCUAUGGUAAUGCCACACCAAGUCACGGUGGAACUAUGACGCCUUCACACUAUGGUGGCCUCGAUGAUGUUUGGCGUCCCCGUGUAGUCGCCUCCCCGAGUCACAACAUCAGCACUGAGGCGGAAUUAGACGAUGGCGAGGUAUGCAAAGUCACCAACAUUCAUAACAAUAUGGCCACUGUUGCCCUUAAAAACUCUCCUGCAAUGACUCGGACCCUCCCAGUCUCAGCACUCCACCGCAUAGCGCCCAAAGCUGGGAACAAAGUUCGCGUCGUCGACGGCAGCAAUGUGUACGAUGCUGAACUUCUUUCAAUCGAGGAAUCAGAUGGGAUCAUCAAGCUGGACAAUGGCGAGUACAAAAUCAUCGACUUCUCCGCCAUUGCCAAAAUUGCUGAUUUCUGACAUGUCCAACUUAAUUAGGGACGGUACAUAAAUAAGAUGUAUUAAAGGAAUUCGUGUGUACGUGCCUGCUUUGAAUGGCGGCAACUCAACAAUAUCGCCGACCUGGACUACUUGAUGCUUGAUGCCGCAGUAUCGGAUCUUCGCAUGCGGAUCGCUCUCGAAAGUUGCUUGUCACACGACCUGCUCGAAAGAAAUGGUAGCACUGAAAUGAUUGAACCAAGGAAACUCCAUGUUGCUGACAUGAUCAGCUGCAUUCCCCCCAACGGAAGUCGAGAAACAUGUUUGCGGCUUGCCCCUCUCCCUAGCCGCCCUUAAGAGCCCCGGGUUUGGCGUCACCUCUGUCCAGCCCGCGGGAAACUCGACGCGUUCUAGUUUGGAGCCCGCCCACCCCCCCGGGGCCCGGCGCCUGAGUAAAGCCUUCAGCCGCUG